GUACCUCAGGAGGACUGAGCGGGCUGGAAGAAACAGGCUUGAUGCGUGACACGUGGAAAACUGGGUGGCACUUCAGAGACUUAGGGAGGCGGAGCUUGACUGCCACCCGUUGAUGAUCUUGAUGAUGGGGAACGGUCCAAUGAAUCUGGGGGCCAGUUUCCUGGAAUCGGUGACCAUGGACCCCGAAGAUUACCAACCGCCCAUAUGGAAGUCCUACUUAUACCAACUGCAGCAGGAAGCCCCGAGACCAAGACGGAUUGUAUGUCCUCAAGAGAUGGAGACCAGGCCCAAAUACUACGGCAGAGAAUUUCAUGGCGUGAUCUCUCGAGAACAUGCAGAUGAGCUUCUGACGUCAGCUGAGGGUUCCUACCUGAUCAGGGAGAGCCAAAGGCAGCCUGGGACUCAUACAUUGGCCUUAAGGUUUGGGCCUCAGAUGCUCAACUACAGGUUGUUCUAUGAUGGCAAGCAUUUUGUCGCUGAGAAGAGGUUCGAGUCGGUGCAUGAUCUCGUCACAGACGCCCUUAUCACUCUCUACAUCGAGAGCAAGGCGGCAGAGUACAUUGCCAGAAUGACUGCCAACCCGAUCUACGAGCACCUGGGAUACACUUCAUUGCUGAAGGACAAAACCGUGCACAGGCUGAGCCGCGGGCGCACCGAAUCUCGCAGGGUCACCUUUGUGAGGGAUGGACAGAUCUCCUCGUCUCUGGUGAGGCAGAGCACCUUGAAAGACACACCAGAGAAGCAGUGCUCCUAUGAGAAGAUCCAUAACUUUAAGGUACACACCUUUCGAGGGCCACACUGGUGUGAGUACUGCGCCAACUUCAUGUGGGGCCUAAUUGCCCAAGGUGUCCGCUGCUCAGAUUGCGGGCUGAGUGUACACAAGCAGUGCUCGAAGCUGGUGCCCAGCGACUGCCAGCCGGACCUGCGCAGGAUAAAGAAAGUGUUCAGCUGUGACCUCACCACACUCGUCAAGGCCCACAACACCACCAGACCCAUGGUUGUGGAUCUCUGCAUUCGGGAGAUAGAGCUCCGAGGUAUGAAAUCUGAAGGUCUGUACAGAGUGUCUGGUUUCUCCGAGCACAUCGAGGACGUGAGACUGGCCUUUGACAGAGACGGUGACAAGGCGAACAUCAGUGCCAGUGUGUAUGCAGACAUCAACAUCAUUGCUGGUGCUCUGAAGCUCUACUUGAGAGACCUUCCUAUCCCAGUAAUCACCUUUGACCUAUACGCCAAAUUCGUCCAGGCAGAAAAGAUCGCUAAUGCUGAAUCCAGGCUGGAGGCCGUGCAUGAGGCUUUGCUGCAGCUUCCUCCAGCUCACUACGAGACUCUUCGCUACCUGAUGGCUCAUCUCAAGAGGGUAACUUUGUUCGAAAAGGACAACUUGAUGACUUCAGAGAACUUGGGCAUUGUGUUCGGUCCAACGCUGAUGCAGCCGCCGGAGCAGAAUGCUUUGACCACGCUGAACGACAUGAGGCAGCAGAAGCUGGUGGUGCAGCUCAUGAUCGAGCACGAAGACGUCUUAUUCUAGAAUCCAGAUCCCGUCAACGUACGGUGCAAUCACGGACACUUUUGUCAGAGAUAAACUCAAAUUGCUCUGGGGAAGCUUCUUUUGAAUGCAUGACCGCUUGGUUUGGUGUUGUCUAGUCCAUGGUCGGCUUCCUUGCGUCACCAAGACUGUCAUGUGCGAUUUAGCACAGAUAUGUUUACAAGCCGCGGUGCCGUUUUCUUUGAAGCUGUGUGUGCAGUCUGCCUCUGCACGACAUCUGUGAACCUUCUUACUUGUUGUGUGUGCAAAUCCUGCUUGAUUUGUGCGUGUGUAUGUAAAAACCAUGAAAAAAAAUGGUCAAUUCAUGAAGCACUUUUUUGAAACGUGUACAGAUUUGUUUUGUAAAGAUGUUUAUUUUUGUCUUCUUACUCUGCAUCAUGUUGUUUGGUCACAAUAAUAUAUAUAUAUAACUAUACAGUAUGUACUGUUGGGAAUGAUGCGUGUUAAGUUGCUGUCUGGACACAAAAUGCUCAGAAGAAUAAAAGUUGUAUACAAAUCCA